CAACGCCAAGCAUGGCGAGGAGCAACGACAGUGGUUGUGGACGCGGUUCCAAGCACAUCGUCCGUCGCUGCGAUGCCGCCGUCGUGUCACGUGGUAAGGCAACGUCCCAGCAAUGCGAAUCGAUUGGCGUCGUUAACGGCGGCAGCGUCCAGCAACGUAACAACGGUGACAGCACCGCGAACAGCAACGGCACCGCCACCGGCAUCACCGCCAGCAGCAAUGCCAGCAAUCACAGUCAAAUAGAGAGUACGGCAGACUAGAGUCAUCCUUUUCGACACAGACUUGGCGCACUUCAGGAUUAACGUGAGUACCUACCGCAUUUAUAUCGGUUGCCUUUUUGU